AUGGCCGACAAUGCCACUUCUGCCACGGAGCAGAAGGUCAGACCGACCAAGCCCAACGAGGAGACCUUCAAGGCUGAUCUCGCGCAAGCCGAAAAGGAGCAUGCUGCUGUUCAAGAGAAAUUGAACCAAAUCAAGGCCAAGAUCGAGACCGCCAAGCCCAACAACAAGGACUCGCCCGCAGCCAAGAGACAACAAGAGCUUCGUGCUGAGCUCUCGUCCAUCCGUCAAAAGCAGCAGGGCUUCAAGGCCUCGAGAUCAAGCACCCAGGAGAAGAUCAAUGCUCUGGAGUCGACCCUCAAGGCCCGCAUUGCGGAGCAGAACAACUCCCGUGGCCGCAUGUCCUUCAAGAAUGUGGAGGAGCUUGACCGUGAAAUCGUGCGUCUCGAGAAGCAGGUUGAUUCGGGUACCAUGCGGUUGGUAGACGAGAAGAAGGCGCUCGCCGAUGUCUCGACACUGCGCAAGCAGCGCAAGAACUUUGCCAGCUUGGAGGAAGCCCAGAAUGUCAUCAACGACCUCAAGGCGCAAAUUGCCAGCUUGAAGAAGACGCUCGACAACCCUGAGGCUAAGGCCCUUAGCGACAAGUACACUGAAAUCCAGAAGGAGCUGGAUGCGAUCAAGGCCGAGCAGGACGGCGCCUUCAAGAACCUCAAUGCCCUCAGAGAUGAGCGGACUAAGCUCCACGGUGAGCAGCAGCAGAAGUGGACCGCCAUCCGCGAGAUCAAGGAUACCUACCACAAGGCCCGCAAGGCGUACAAGGAGUAUGAAGAUGAGGCCUGGAGAAUCCGUCGGGAGAAACAGAAGGCUCAGCGUGAGGCAUUUGAGCGCGAGAAGAGGAAGAAGAUCGCCGACAAGAAGCUCGAAGAGGCUUCCCGGCCUGCCUAUACCGACGAGAUCCUUAUCGCCCAGGGUCUCAUCCGCCACUUCAACCCCUCCUACGAUUUCUCCACUCUGGGUCUUGAGGAUAAGAAGGAUGACUUUUCCGCCUUCCGUGCUCAGGUUGGACGUACCGUUGACGAUGCCAGCAUCAAGGGCAUGAAGGUUCUGAAGAAGGAUGACCGUGACGAGGACUACUUCGUCGGCACUGGCAGCAAGAAGGGAAAGAAGGGCAAGAAGGGUGGCGCCAAUGGCACCGCCCCAGCUCCUGCUGAGACCGCCAAGUUCAACCUCAACGUUGGUGUCAUCGAGGACUUUGCCAAGGUUAAAAUCGAUCCUCCCAUGAAUCAGUCCGAUGUCCCUGCUGUGGUCGAGAAGCUUGCUGCCAAGAUCACCGAAUGGAAGAAGGACCAGUCUUCCAAGACUGAGGAGAACAUCAAGAAGGCCCAGGAAGAAAUCAAGCGCCUGGAGGAGGAAGAGGCACACUCUGACAGCCAGCGUGCUACCGAUCAUGCCAAGAAGGUUGCGAUCGAGAACAGCGGUGUCAACGGCAAAGUCUCUGCCGAGGCUGAGCUGAAGCAGGAAAACGAUGCCGCCGCCGACGUGUCCGAGGAGCUCCAAAAGGCCUCCCUCGAGGACAGCGCAUGA